AUGCCCUCCAUAUCAUUCAUCCUUAUGAACCUUAUCUUUUCAUCUCAAGUGAAUGAUGUCUUUUCACUCAUACAUCUGAUAGUUGUCGGAUUGUCCCAAGAGAGGAGGAGUUUAAGGCUGUUGGUGAAUCAGGAAGCCUCUACCAAGACUUCGUUCCAUCAACUCACCUGUUUCGUUUGUCUUGUUUCCUAA